AUGUUAUAUUAAUAAUUAAAUAAAAAUUUAAAAAAAAGCCCUUACCAGCUUUUUAAAUCACAAGUAUUCUCCCAGAUUGAACAAAGUAUGAUAUUUGGUUUUAAUUCUUAGUGAGCAGUACCAAAUAUAGAGUGUAUAAAAAGUCUUAGACUGUCAACAGCUCUAAGUGUCUCUUCGUUCCUAAAAAUAAAGAACGAGAAUAAUUCUAUAUCACACCACCUUCGAAACAUAAGGUAUAAUAUAUAUAUAUGAUUUUAGAAUCCGCUUUCUAAUAUUGAAGAAUUAAAUAUUGAUUCUAAUUGUUCUACCGAUAGCAGUCAACGCUUAGAAAAUCUAAGUCCUGUCUACUAUUGUCCUAAAGGAAAAGAACCUUGUGGUGAACUCUAGGUUGUACUUAAUGGUGAUCUGAUCUAAGUGAUAUCCUAAACAAAAAAUAGGAGAAAAUCACGAAAGUUCAGUGAUCAAGAAACCUAUGCUAUGAGUAAUUUCAUAGCUGGUCCUAAAUGUCUUGACAUACCAUUACCAUAAUUCCUUUGAUCAUAUAAUAUAUAUAUAUAUCUAUGGAAUUAUCUAUAUAUCAAAACACGUC